AUGGGGGCGUGUGUUUCUCGUCCGGAGAACUGCGUGGGGGGUAAAUUCGGCGGGUCGAGGAAGAAGAGGAAUCGAAAGAGGAGAAGAAAGGUUUCGAGGAAAAGGGCUCACUCACACGUGUCUGAUCUGUCGUCGGACAGUAGAAUCGAAGUCGAAAAGCUUACGCCUUUGCCGGAGGAUCGUGCCUUUGAUGAUCCCACUUUUCAUGAAAGUGUGGAGGAGGCAUGGUUCGACUCAGCUGGUAUCCUCGAUUCGGAUUGGAGUGAUGAAGACUACCAAAGUAUCCCUGAUGAAAUGCUCUCUCUAAGCAGCUCAGAUGUAACAUCCAUAACGAAUCCGGAGGGCUUAACCUCCGAGCUCAAGGCAAAACCCGAAGAAUUACUUAUCGGGCCAAAGCCCGUUUAUGCGGAUGAGAUAUCGGGCUCGGGUCCUAAUGAGGAAACAUCAAGUCAUGAUGAUAAUAAUAACUUGUUGGGAAACUGCAGAGUUAUCCCGAGCAACUGUUUGCCUUGCUUGGCUUCAGCCAUUAAUGGUGGUACGGUUGAAAAGAGACGGUCUUUUAGCUCGAGCCCAACAAACGGGAGGAAAAAAACCGUCUCGAAAAUACCUUUUAAAUGGAAGGAGGGAAAUCCAAUGUCAGCCAUACUUUCUUCAAAGACAUUGCUACAAAGGCCAAUAGCCGGGUCCCAAGUGCCUUUCUGUCCCUUGGGCAAAAGAGUGCCCGACAGUUGGUCGAGCAUCGAGCCAGGGACUUUCAGAGUCAGAGGAGUUAGUUAUUUCAGAGAUAAGAGAAAAGAGCAUGCCCCGAAUUCUGCUGCGUAUUAUCCAAUUGGCCUCGAUGUUUUUUUAUCUCAGAGGAAAAUUAAUCAUAUUGCUCGGUUUGUUGAACUUCCCUUUGUAAAUUCUUCGGGGAAACUCCCUCCCAUUAUGGUUGUAAAUGUUCAGAUACCUUUAUAUCCUGCAGCAAUCUUUCAGGGCGAGACAGAUGGUGAAGGAAUCAGCUUUGUUUUGUAUUUUAAACUCUCUGAAAGCUUCGCCAAAGACCUUCCACACUAUUUUCAAGAAAAUAUUCGGAGGUUAAUCGACGAUGAAGUAGAAAAAGUCAAAGGCUUUCGUACAGAAACAAUUGUUCCCUUCAGAGAAAGAUUGAAAAUUUUGGGUCGUGUGGCGAAUGUUGAUGAUCUCCCCAUGAGUGGCGCCGAGAGGAAACUCAUGCACGCUUACAACGAAAAACCCGUGCUUUCUCGCCCUCAGCAUGACUUUUACUCGGGCGAAAAUUAUUUCGAAAUCGACUUAGACAUGCACAGGUUCAGCUACAUAUCGAGAAAAGGGUUCGAAACGUUCCUGGACAGGCUAAAGCUGUGUGUUCUGGAUUUUGGAUUAACAAUUCAGGGUAACAAAGCUGAAGAGCUGCCUGAGCACCUUUUGUGUUGUAUAAGGUUAAAUGAAAUUGAUUAUUCGAAUUAUCACCAGCUUGGAUUUUAUGAGGAGACACUUGAAUAG